GAAUCGUGAUUUCACGAAGCAGACGCAUUGUGGUUGCCUGCCUAGAUACAACAAAACACACAUUUGUUUAUCUCUGAACUUUUGUUAAUUCUUUUCUAGAAUGGCUGCCAAACGCGCAAUUAAUUAUUUGACGAAUAAAGAAAUGCGGGAGUAUUUGACAAGCACACAUUUUUGGGGACCUGUGGCAAAUUGGGGAAUCCCUAUUGCAGCUAUUGCUGAUUCAGGCAAGGAUGUUUCACUGAUUAGUGGGAAAAUGACUCUUGCGCUCACACUAUACUCGAUGAUUUUUAUGAGAUUUGCUUGGAAAGUCCAGCCUCGCAACUUGCUUCUGUUUGGUUGUCAUUUUACAAAUUCUGGUGCACAAAUGUUUCAAGGCUACAGAUUUCUAAAGCACAAGUAUAGUAAAGAAAAAGAGGAAACUUCAUAGUACAACUUGCAUUUUUAUUGUACAAGUAUUUGUAUGAAGAUGAGCUUUGCAGAAAACUGGUAGCAGUCGAUAUAUUCGAUAGUGGCAUAUAUGGACAUUUGAUGUGUUUGCUUAUUGUCCAAAUCAUGUUUUUAACAACCACAUUGUGAUGUCAUAAUUACAAUGCAUUUUUGAAUUCUCACAAGAAAAAUCAAAA